AUGAGGAAGCCUGAUUCCGCCGCCGCCGCCGCCAACAUCCGUCUUAAGAAGGGUCUUUGGUCGCCGGAGGAGGACGAGAAGCUGAUGAGAUACAUGCUAUCCAAUGGCCAAGGCUGCUGGACCGAUAUUGCUCGAAACGCUGGUCUUCUCCGUUGUGGCAAGAGCUGUCGUCUCCGUUGGAUUAACUACCUUCGCCCCGACCUUAAACGCGGGGCUUUCUCUCCCCAAGAGGAGCGUCUCAUUCUCCAUUUGCAUUCUCUUCUCGGCAAUAGGUGGUCACAAAUAGCUGCACGUCUUCCCGGGCGAACGGACAACGAAAUAAAGAAUCUAUGGAACUCCUCGUUGAAGAAGAGAUUGAAGAAUCACAGUAACAUCUCUUCUCCAAACCCUAGUGAGUCUUCCGAACUUCGAAGUAGCAACAGCUUCGGGGAGCUAACCGAAAACAUCAUUCCGACCCACGAACACAACAACAUCAUGAACAUGUUCAUGGAAAGCUCAUCGUUCUCAUCCUCAACGUCCAAGAGUACUCCAUCCUUGUUCCUACAAAACUACAUCCCUUGUGACCCAUUUCCUACAUUAUUGGACAACCACCAAUACAACAGGGUUGGUGGUGCAAUGGAAGAGGGGUAUUAUGGGGAUUACAGCCGAACAAUAUUCGAGCCGAGAGGGUUAGUCAGGGACAAUUAUGACUUUUCCCACCUCCCUCCGCUUGGAAAUGGAGACAUUAUCGAGGAGAUUAAGGUACCAUCCAUAAAUAUAAAAGAAAACAACGAAAAUAAUAUCCAAGAAUUCAAUAAUGAUUACUUCGAUUAUAAUAACCAGAUGAAUUUUAAGGCGGAGGGUAUAUUUGGAAAUAAUUAUCAAGCCGAGCUGCAAGAUAACUUGAAAAUAGGAGGCUGGGAUUUGGACGGUUUUAUCCUUGAUUUCCAAAUGGAUUAA